AUGGGGGCUCUGGCGCUCUGGCCGCUGGCCCUGGCGCUGUCGGGGAUGGGGCCCCUGCUGGGAGCCGAGGCCCCCGGAGGUGAGGUCUCGGGCACCCCAGCCUCGCCCGGAGAGCCGGCCACAGGCACUGGGGGUCUCCUCUUCCAGCCAGACUGGGACUGGCCGCCUAGCGCCCCACAAGACCCCCUGUGCCUGGUGACCCUGGACAAGGGAGGCAACGGGAGCAGCCCCCCGCUUCGGGUGGCGGGGGCCCUCCGAGGCUACGAGCACACCUUCCUCGAGGCCGUGCGGCGAGCCCGCUGGGGUCCCCACGACCUGGCCACCUUCGGGGCCUGCGCCGCCAGCGACGGCCGGACCACCCAGCUCUCCCUGCGGCAGCUGCAAGCCUGGCUGGGGGCGCCCGGGGGGCGGCGGCUGGUGGUGCUGCACCUGGAGGAAGUGACAUGGGAGCCAGCGCUGUCGCUGAAGUUCCAGGAGCCCCCACCUGGAGGAGCCAGUCCCCUAGAGCUGGCGCUGCUGGUGCUCUACCCUGGGCCAGGCCCUGAGGUCGCUGUCACCGGGGCUGGACUGCCAGGCACCCAGAACCUUUGCCGGUCCCGGAACACGCGCUACCUGGUGCUGGCCCUGGACCACCCGGUGGGGGCCUGGCACAGCCCUAGGGUCACCCUGACCGUGCACGCCCGAGGAGACGGUGCCCCGCUGAGCACCCCCCAGCUGCAGGAGCUGCUGUUCGGGCCCGAUGCCCGCUGCUUCACGCGGAUGACGCCCGCGCUGCUCGUGCUGCGGCUGCCCGGGCCCACGGCGGUGCCGGCGCGCGGCCUGCUGGACCUCGUGCCCUUCCCGCCGCCCAGGCCCUCCCGGGAGCCCGCGGAGCCCCCUCCCAGCGCAGACCCCUUCCUGGAGACGCUCACGCGCCUGGUGCGCGCCCUGCGCGGGCCGCCGACCCCCGCCUCGCCGCCGCGCCUGGCCCUGGACCCCGGCGCGCUGGCGGGCUUCCCGCAGGGCCUGCUCAACCUGUCGGACCCCGCGACACAGGAGCGCCUGCUGGGCGGCGAGGAGCCCCUGCUGCUGCUGCUGCUGCCACCCCCCACGGCCGCGGCCGGGCCCCCCGCGCCGCCGCCCCGCCCCGCGUCCGCGCCCUGGGCCGCGGGCCUCGCCCUGCGCGUGGCCGCCGAGCUGCCCGCGGCCGCCGAGCUCCGCCUCCCGGUGCCUGCCCCCGCCGCCGCGCCGCUGCUGGAGCGCCUGCUCGCCCUCUGCGGGGGCUUCGGGGGCUCGGGGGGCUCGGGGGGCCCGCUGCGCGCGCUGCUGCUGCUCAAGGCGUUGCAGGGCCUGCGCGCCGAGUGGCGCGGGCGGGAGCGGGGCGGGCCCCCCCGGGCGCAGCGCAGCGCGGGGGCGGGGGCGGCCGACGGGCCCUGCGCGCUGCGCGAGCUGAGCGUGGACCUGCGCGCCGAGCGCUCCGUGCUCAUCCCCGAGACCUACCAGGCCAACAACUGCCAGGGCGCGUGCGGGUGGCCGCAGUCCGACCGCAACCCGCGCUACGGCAACCACGUGGUGCUGCUGCUCAAGAUGCAGGCCCGCGGCGCCGCGCUGGCUCGCCCGCCCUGCUGCGUGCCCACGGCCUACGGCGGCAAGCUGCUCAUCAGCCUGUCGGAGGAGCGCAUCAGCGCGCACCACGUGCCCAACAUGGUGGCCACCGAGUGCGGCUGCCGGUGA